AUGGCAACCACUUUGCGACCUCGGCCGUGCGUCGAGCUUAACAUCCACGACGACCACUCCCACAAAGACACCCACUGCGACACAACCAUAUCGGCUCUUGGCGAACUUCCACUCAACAAUAUCCAGAACGUCAGACGCAGGACCAGCAUUGAGUCCCUUGCUCGUCGACUAGACAAUCUCCACAUCUAUAAUAACGACAAGGAGAACAUCUCGCGUCCCGCUGUGGAAGUUGCUCCCCGAAUCCCAUCGGCAGCACCCAACACCAGGGAUACUCCUUGCGACAAGUCUCACGCAGAAGGGCGUAGACACCGCGGCGAUUCUCACGGCGACGCGGACCUGCGCCAGGGCGAAAAGACGCUGUACUUCGGAUGCAACCUUGUCAAGCGCGAGCCGCAGUCCGGUGCGGCCGAAGGGGGCCAGUCGACUAACUUGUAUACCUUAUUAGCCACCCGCGUCAAAGCUGAGGAAGAGUUUAUUAUCAGCCGGCCCCCUGUGUUUGAUACGAUGGAAGUAGCGGCUGCGGACCAACUGCGCCUAGCAGAUACCUCCAUGGCUGGACGCCACUACGAACGUUUGGAGGUGCCCAAGAGCCCAGGGCUGGUUGUGGAGGUCAACGAAGUCGGCGCCGAUCGCGAUGGUGACCGCUCCCGGCCACUGUCACGGAUCGAGGAUUCGGUUGAGGCCCUGGACAAGCUCGAGGAAGAGAUUGAGGCACUCGCCCAGGUCACCCGUCUUGAGCGGAUGCUUUCUCCCGAGGCCACCGCGCCUAAAUUCAAGGACACGAGCGCACAGUCGACGCCGCUAAAGCGAAUCACCUCGGUUCGGGCACCAGCCUCCGCCCGCAACAAGACGGUGGAGCGCAGCUCUUCAGUGCGCAAGCCGACAUCGACUAAGGAGGAUGAAAAGCCGACCGCCUCGUCUGCGCGAAAGGUGGCUCGACCCACCAGCCUCCUCCCACCGAAGCCACUUGCCAAGUCUGGCAGAACUCCGACGGUAUCGACAUUCGAACUGCCAGGCGAGGCUGUGGCCCGUCGCCUCAAGGAGCAGCGCGAGCAGCGCAUGUCCCAGCAGAUCUCACCAGAGCAAGCCGCUGCCCUAGCGGCUGCCUACUCGCCCUCGAAGCCGCACUUCAAGUCAGCCAAGGCGCCUACCCGGCCGACCUUUGAACUUCCCGGCGAGGCCAUCUCCCGCAAAAAGCGCGAGGAGCGCGAGGCCAGGAUCCAGGCCCAGGAAGAGGAAGAGCGCAAGCGGCGCGAGUUCAAAGCCCGGCCGAUCCGCUCUAGCCUAGUGCCUAACUCGGUACCGCGCGAGACGCUCGCCAGUCUGGCACGCCAAAAAUCCCGGGCGACCGAAAGCUCGGCCGACUCGGGCACGACAACAGUCACACCCGUGGCCAAGAAGCGCCAGUCCACGCACUUUGGCUCCUCCAACUCGGCCACCGCCCGCGCCUCUAAAACCAACCCAUCCACCACCACAACAACAACAACAACAACAACAACAACAUCAACAACCCCCUCCUCCUCGGCCGCCGCCACGCUCCCUACCCGCGGCCGCAACCCCAACGCGCACCACCUCUCCACAGCAGCAGGGGGGACCACACCACCGACGACGCUCACGCGUGCGGCGUCGACCUCGACGGCUAGUGUCCACUCGCGCAGCAGCAAGGUCAGCGCGGGCGAGGCGGCGCAGCAGAAGCAGCGCGGGAAGGAGGUGUUUGCGCGCGACAACUCGUACGCGGCCGAGCGCGAGCGCGAGAAGAAGGAGCGUGAGCGCGCCGCCCGCGAGGCGCGGGAGCGCGCGGCCGAGAGGAGUCGCGAGUUGAGUCGGCUGUGGGCGGAGAAGCAGAGGGUGAAGAGGGAGGGGGAGGAGAGGAGAAGGCGGAGGGAGGAGGGGUUGGUGGUGGGGGGGGAGGGGGUGGGUGUGGAGGGGAGGGGUUAG